AUGGCACGCCGCAAAAAGAAGCAGGAAGAUUGCUUCAUCCCCUCGAAGCUGUCGAUCAGCCUGAGCGAGACUGCUCGGCGCAGCCUGCAGCCGGAAGUCUUCGAGAAUGUCGACCCGUCCUCCGGAGCCACAACCACUGCAGCUCCAAGCGAGCCCGUUCUGCCCCCGCUGGCUUGCGGCGGGAACCGUUUGUGGCAAUAUGACGGCGAUAUUUUGGAACAAUACACGGUCAGCUCGGGGACUGGCGACUACGAGUCGCUGGUGAACAAAUCGACGACCACAAAAUCCGCCGAUCGUGAGGAAGUGACGAUGGCUGAGGUGAAAUCCGUUCGAAUGGAAUACGAGGCGAUGGGAGGCGGAUUGGGACCCCCGGCGGCGUUUGUUGAGGAACACGAAUUCAUCGAGGCGAUGGACGCCAAGGUGCCGGAGGGAUCCUGUGAGAUGCGUAAACUUUCUUUGAUCGGCGCCGAGGAGCAGAACUUCAUCACAAAGUUAAUGGACGAGACGAUGCGCAAGUUCGGCAGAGCGGGCAGAUCGGACCUGCAGCUACAGUUCUCGGUGACGAAAACGGGAGGCAUUCCGUGCUUGCAGAUGAGUGCCGUGAAGCGCCAGAAU